GCCCGGAGCGGCGGACACGGGUUCCUGCCCCGCAGCCUCCCCCCGGCCCCGGCGCAUCCCCGCCUCCCCUCCCACCCCGCGCCCCCCGCACGAUGCCCCGCGCCCCGUUCGCCGCCGCCCCGCCGCUGCUGCUGCUGCCGGCGCUGCUGCUGCUGCUGCUGCUGCUGGCGGCCCCGCCGCCCGCCGGCUCCGACAGCCCCAAGGGGAAGCAGAAGGCGCUUCGCCAGCGGGAGGUGGUGGACGUGUAUAAUGGCAUGUGCUUGCAAGGCCCCAGUGGCGUUCCUGGACGGGAUGGAAACCCAGGAGCCAACGGGAUCCCUGGGACACCUGGAAUCCCAGGACGGGAUGGGCUGAAAGGGGAGAAGGGCGAGUGCAUGCGUGAGAGCAUCGAGGAGUCCUGGACACCCAACUUCAAACAGUGUUCGUGGAGUGCACUUAACUACGGCAUCGACCUGGGGAAGAUCGCGGAAUGUACAUUUACCAAGAUGCGCUCGAACAGCGCUCUCCGUGUGCUCUUCAGUGGGUCACUGCGGCUAAAGUGCAAAAACGCCUGUUGUCAGCGCUGGUACUUUACAUUUAAUGGUGCAGAGUGUGCCGGGCCACUUCCUAUUGAAGCCAUAAUAUACUUAGAUCAAGGAAGCCCAGAGCUGAAUUCUACUAUUAAUAUACACCGAACUUCUUCAGUGGAAGGUCUGUGCGAAGGGAUCAAUGCCGGCUUGGUGGACAUUGCCAUCUGGGUUGGGACUUGCUCUGAUUAUCCACGGGGAGAUGCUUCUACUGGAUGGAAUUCAGUCUCCCGAAUCAUCAUUGAAGAACUGCCAAAAUAACUUCCCCUCCCUUUUUUAUAAUAUCUCUUUCUAGUUUUUUUUUUUAUUUCGUAUUAUUUUCUUCAGAAUUUACUUCAAUAGACUUGGAUGCAAGUACUGGACUGAAAGGCACCCAAGCCUUGCAUCUGUAGCCUUUGUCUAGCCUUGUUUUGUCCAUUGCAGAGGCUUUUUAUAAUAAUCAUUUUAGAAUAUAAAUAUCAAAACCAAGUUCAUGAACUUUUUAAAUUCCUUGUUUGAUGUAAUACCACCACUGUUCUAAGAAUUAACCGUAACUUUUUGUAUCAAAUAAAUAAGACCUUUUACAAAAAAAAAAAAUAAUCCAGGCUAUUUUAUUGAA